ACCACCUGUAAAAUGAGCGACACGCCUCUGGUUUUUCACUCACAUCAUCUAUAUAUACACAUUGCUUAUAUAGAACACUUCCAUAGUUUAAUAACCAUCAUCUACUUUAUAGCAAAAAGCUACUUUAAAUCUCUGAAAGAAGAGAUGAGUUCCACAAGCAGAGCCUGGAUAGUGGCGGCGAGUGUUGGAGCAGUGGAGGCACUGAAAGAUCAGGGAUUCUGUAGGUGGAACUACACCGUAAGGUCGAUGCAGCAGCACGGCAAGACCAGCCUGAGGUCCUCCGCCGUUGUUUCGAGAAAAGUGAGGGGAGAGAAGAAGGCAAAGCAGUCGGAGGAGUCUGUGAGGAAAGUCAUGUACUUGAGCUGCUGUUGGGGUCCCUAUUGAUCAUCAAUCCAAACCUCAGCUCAAAGUAUAUUUUCUUUUUCAAAUUUUGUUUUUUUAUUUUAUUUUGAGUCUUGUCUGAGUGUUGCAUAA